AUGGCGGAUGCCUACUUGUCCUCGGACUCAGAGCAGGAGCCAAGUCCACCUAAGGCCCCGUCCAAGCACAAGUCAAAGUCUCGAGGCAGGUCUACUGCUGUUUCCUCUGAGUCUCUCCAGCAUAGACCUUCAUCAGCGGCGGAGAAGGACGCCCAGCGCCGACAUAGAGCGCUUGAAAAACAAUAUGAUAGGGCCAGACUGGCCACUUCAGCUUCUGUCUUCGCUACUGGCCAGCAGUUAUCCCCACAGGGUCACCUUGCCUUGACAUCAGAUGCUGUUCCAGGGCUCGGAGAGGAUCGUGAUGCCUCUACGUCUCAGGCUCUGGCUGGCCCUUCUCGUGGCCUCACUAAGAGGACCUCAUUGUCCUUGCCUGAUGUUUCUUCAGUGGGCCUUGCAGAGCCCCAUCCUACAUCCUCCCGUCGAGCUGAGGCAACCUUUACCCCGACCGCGGCGGGACUGAGGGGUCCAGAGGGGCAGUUACUGACUCCACAGGUGGAUCUCCAGGCGGCGUCCAAUGCUCUUUCCUCCAUAUUGGCUGCGGGACUUCACCAAUCUGUCCUACAACAACCAACUCCAGUUCAGCACUGUACUUCUCAUCCCUCUGCUCCUGGUCGUUCCAAGUCUCCAUCUAGAUUGGCUCACAUCUCGUCUGAAGACUCUGAACAGGAGGAGGAGCCACCGGAGGAAUUAGAAUUCUCUGAAGACGAGGGUCUUGCACCGGACACUACAGCUUUCUCCGGCCUUUUCCGGCCCUCUUUGUUUAAGUCUUUGCUGCAUAAAGCUCGACAGAUCACCAAUAUGGGAGCCCCGCCUGCCGAACCUUCUGCAGCCUCAGCUCCUCAUGAGGCCUUGUUUUCGUCAUCCAAGCCCGGGAGGGAUUUUAUUCCCUGUCCUCAACUUUUUUCCGAUGUUCUUCAAUCGCCCUGGUCCCAACCUGGUUCUCUGAUGGGUCCCACCAGUCUGGACAAGAAAUUAUACUGUGGGGCCCCAGAAUUGGACUCUUUGUUAGCCUUACCUGUGGUUGACCCUCCGAUUGCAAGUCUCUCUUCUUCUUCGCUCUUGUCUUCUGAAGCUUUGGACGUCCUUAAGUCAGAGGACAGAAAGACUGAACUUUCCUUUCGCAAGGAACAUCAAUCCCUUGCCUGGACAAUUAAGACGGCGACUGCUACAUCGUUCUUUAAUAGAGCCACGUUGCUUUGGCUAAGACAACUUCAAGAGCGGUUACCGCCAGAAGACACACGUCUUCACCAAGAUAUAAAUAAAAUUGUAGCUGCCACCGAAUAUUCGGCGGAUGCCUCGUUAAAUUCGGUGAAGUUCGCCUCGAGGGCCUUGGCCUCGUCUGUGACUUCUCGCAAACUGUUUUGGCUCAGAAAUUGGAGAGCGGAUGCCAAGGCAAAGUGGAAGUUGGCGGCGGCCCCCUUUAAAGCCCUGCACCUUUUUGGCCCUGCCCUAGAUCCCGUCCUUGUCGAAGACAAGGACAAAAGGAAGGUGAUGCCCACAUCUUCGUACCGCAGACUAGAGCGACGUUACGCACCCUAUUCUCAACGUCAGCCCUUUGGAGCAUCGUCGGGGUCGGGGGGCCCCUAUUCUCAGCGCACUUUCUUUCCUGGGACCGACCGAUCAUUGGACAGGCAGCGUUUCCGAGACAGGUCCAGGGCCAGCAGCUCUAGAUGCCCCUUCCGUGGAGCGGGCUUCCGCCAGCCCCGUCGAGGCAAAUGA